AUGCGGGUCCUCAAUAAAAGCAUACAUAAGUACCUGUCUGGCACUAUUUCGAUGAUUGCUGAGAAUGAGGAAGAUAUGUGGCUCGUAUACAACCUUGUUCAAGUUGGUGAUAGGGUUUGCUGUUCUACAAUGCGCAAAGUGCAGACCGAAAAUGCCACCGGGAGUGUUACCUCUAAAACCGUUCGAACCAAUCUUACAAUCGAAAUAGAAACAAUUGAUUUUGAUACUCACGGGUCAGUGCUUCACCUCAAAGGCAAGAACGUAGUGGAGAACCAGCAUGUAAAAAUGGGUGCAUACCACACGCUGCAAAUUGGUGUGCAGGAGAAGUUCACACUGUACAAGGAGUCCUGGGACACAGUAUCCCUUCUUCUGGUGGAUCAGGCAGGUGAUCCCACGCAGCAGGCCGAUCUUGCCGCUGUGGUUAUGCAUGAGGGUCUAGCCUACGUUUGUCUUAUUACCAAAACCACCACCCAUGUUCGAGCCAAAAUUGAGAGCACCAUCCCUCGCAAACGAGCCAACAUGCCCACCUCUCCGCACGAUAAAGCAAUUGCAAGAUUCUUCGACCAAAUCGUUCAAGCUAUCGAACGCCACGUCCGCUUUGAUGUCGUUAAGUGUGUGAUUGUUGCCAGUCCAGGCUUCCUGAAGGAUCAUUUUUUCGAGUAUCUUUGUCAGCAGGCGUUGCGUGGCGCGGAGGAUAAACGGAUAUUCCUGGAUAACAAGAGAAAAUUCGUGUUGGUGCACUCUUCUUCAGGUCAUAAGCACGCGUUAAAAGAGGUUCUCGCCGAUCCUGUAGUGGUGAGUAGGAUUGCCAACACUAAGGCAGCGGGGGAGACCGCUGCAUUGAACGACUUCUAUCAGAUGCUAAAGGUGAACCCCUCUCGUGCCUUUUAUGGAGUAAAACACGUACAAGCAGCUGUUGACUCGUUCGCAGUGGAAACACUCCUGAUCUCGGAUGCCCUCUUCCGCUCUCGAGACCUGGCGGAACGUAAAAAAUUCGUUGCCAUUGUUGACUCAGUCACUAAGAACAUGGGCAAUGUGCGCAUCUUCUCCAGUCUUAACGUUUCCGGCGAACAGUUGAACCAACUGUCAGGAAUUGCGGCAGUCCUGCGCUUCCCCGUAGCGGAGCCUCAGUCUGACGACGAGGAUGACGAAGAUGACUCUGAUGACGGAGAAAUGGUUACCGCCUGA